GUAUGGCUUGAAUAGCUGUUACCCUGAUGUCGUGGAAAAGAUGAUGUUGAUCCAGUAGGUUUUCGUUGCAACAAACUAUACCAUCGUGAGUAAACGUCAAAAUCGAAGUCGAUUAGUUUAAAAGGUACUUGCUGGCAAGGUUUACCUAUCUAAUUUCUGUAAUGAUCACAUUUUAAUCUGACAUUCCCCUUUCACUAAGCUUUCUUCUUGAUUUUCUCAGACGUUUUUAUAGCUGAUAAUUCCAAAACGGUUGCAUUACUUCCUGGCUUCUGAUUUAUUCUCUUAAUUUGUCACCCUAUUGACCAACAAACACGCAAUACAUUGGCGUCGGAUAACUUGAAUGGCAUCAGCAGCGGUUCAGCCGCACAGAAUGCCCCUUCCUAAGAUGGACAGUCUCAAGUCGCAACACUCAAGGGGAUCAGAAGAGUCUUAUAGUGGCGCAGCAGGAAUAACAGGAGGAAGAGCCUCCAUGUCUGACCUUUCACUGCACGACGAAGACACGAACAACAAUAACAGUUCCAACUCCAACGGAGCACCGAAUUCCUCUACGAGUGGGUCCGGGGGUAAUGCAGCGAAUGCCAAUGGAGCCAAUCGGGAGAUGACGAAAGCAGAAUUAGAACAAGUGGCCUUUGAUGCUUUGGAAAAGGCAUAUACAAAGCCAGUGGCGUUCUCAGUGCGCACCAACAUAGACUACGACGGGACUCAGGACGAGGAAGUGCCCUAUUUAGGCAGGGCCAUCAGCUUCAACAACAAAGACUUCCUGCACAUUAAGGAGAAGUUCAACAAUGACUGGUGGAUUGGGAGGAUUGUGAAGGAGGAGGGAGACAUUGGAUUCAUCCCCUCCCCCGCCCGCAUGGAGGCACUACGCAUGUACCAGUCCCACAAGAGAACCACGGCAAAAGAAGGAAUGACAGGCGAAACGCCCCCUGCCUCAGGAACCGAGGCUGAGAAUGACACGGAUGAUGGAGGCGGCUCCUCCUCUUCAAAGAAGGGACCCCUUGGCAAAAAUGCUCGUAAGGGCACCUUCUUCCGCAGAGGUGAUAAUGUACCUCCCUAUGAUGUUGUUCCCUCCAUGCGACCAGUUGUGCUUAUUGGACCUUCUCUCAAGGGAUACGAGGUGACAGACAUGAUGCAAAAAGCCUUGUUUGACUAUCUGAAGCACAGAUUUGAGGGGCGUAUUGUGAUCACUCGGGUCACCACGGACAUUGCCCUGGCCAAGCGAAGUGUCCUCAACAACCCCUCGAAGAGAGGAGGAGGGGGGCUCAUGGACAAGGGUGCCAGAUCAACAUCCCUCAUGGAAGUGCAAGCUGAAAUAGAGAGGAUCUUUGAGCUGGCCAGGUCUCUUCAGCUGAUAGUGUUGGACUGUGACACCAUCAACCACCCCUCCCAACUGGUGAAGACAUCCCUCGCUCCAAUCAUCGUUCACCUCAAGAUCGCAUCUCCCAAGGGUGGAGCUAACAAGAAGGUGAUGCAGCGUCUGAUCAAAUCCAGAGGCAAGGCCCAGACAAGAUACAUCAACGUGCAACUUGUGGCCGCAGAGAAACUGGCUCAAUGUCCUCCGGAAAUGUUCGAUGUGAUUCUGGAUGAGAAUCAGCUGGACGAUGCAUGUGAGCAUUUGUACGAGUACUUGGAGGCGUACUGGAGGGCCACCCACCCUCCCCCGAUGGUGAAGAGGCCAGAGCCACCCCCACAAGCCACACCAUCCAAGCUUGGGGAGGAGAAGGCGGCCAAAGACAGGGAGAAGGAUAAGGGUGACUCCAAGUCAAAACAGUCCUCCCACAAGGAGCGUAGUAACAAAGAAAGGUCCUCUCAUCAUCACCACAGAAGUCACAACAAUAAUGCAGAUGAUAGAGAGCGAGACAGAGAUCGCGACAGGGAUAGGGACCGGGAUAGGCGAAGCACACGCAGUGGUCAUUCAGGAGGUGGAAGUGAGCAGCCGCGCUCAGACCAUGUGAACAACCAGCAGACCUCAAAGGGAGGCUCCUCCUCUUCCAGGGGCCACCACGCCGCCUCUCACAACCAACACAAUGGAGCCAAUUCUCACUCCUCCCAACAACAAUCCCACCACGACAGUUCUUCCAGGGCCCCAGCUUCAAAAAGACAUCACAACGACCAGGCCAACAGAUUCACGUCACCGGACAGAUCCGAACACGCAGACAGCAGAACAGAUCGCAGAUUCCACCGAGAGUCACGUGACAACUAUGGUGGCACGGGAGGGGUUAAGAGCAGAUCUAAUCACUCCACCUCACAUAGAGACAGGGACGAAGGGGGAGAUGGGCCGCCUCCGCCCAGGGAAAGAAGGACAGGCUUAAGUGGUCAUGCGCGAGGCGAAGUGUCCGGAAGAAACAUGCGGUAUCCGGAAGACGACUACAACACAGACUUUCCACGAACAGCUAAUCCGAGAAACGACUUCGCACCUAGAUCGAAUAACCACGCAAACGACGCCUACGCACCCCGACCUAGAUAGUCAAUAUAAUUACUUAAACAUCACGGAACAGCCCAUCGUGCAUUGACUCCCAGGAAUUUUAACGAUCAAUCGACUGAUCUUGAAUUGGUUGCAAACUAAACGCGACAAUCUGUUUUUUCACGACUUGAUCAUCAAACUUUCACUCCAAACACGGUAUUAAUUUCAAUAAAACAACCAAGCUAACUCACUAGUUUGAAUAAAACUCAACUCAAAAUAUACUUUAUAAAAUAUAAACUUGGGAUUUCACGGUUUAAGUGUGAUUUCAUCCAUCCAUCCAACUUUCUAAACGUUCGUAGUAGAUUGUCUUCUUAUUAGAUAGCCUUUAUGUACAUAGUUGGUUUUUAUCUUAAACUAAACAAUCAAAAUAAUGAAUUUGAAAUAUUUUUGAAUUAUUUUUUGGACAAAAACGUUGAGACUUUGUAUUGCUGCUGUCAAUUAACAACCGCGUCUACAUUAAAUCAUCAUUCCAAACAAGAAAGUAACUAAAGUUUUAUAUAAGUUUUAAUAAGUGAUAAUAUUUUAAAUAGUGUGUAAAACAUGACUAGAUUACAUCCCACCUCGCAUCACUAAACACGUGCUAUUCAAUAACUCGUCCUAUCUACAUCGUGUUUUUUUUUCAAUUGGAUUGGAUGUCACCAAUAUGGCUUAAAUAUUACAUCUCGCGUGAAGAUAAUUAAUAUAAUUAUUUAGUUUCACGUUCACCAUUUGACUUGAGCAAAAUAUUGGGCAUUCCAAAUCAGUUUUGCUGAUCGAAAGGUUUUUCGCAAUAAAUUUUGAUCUAUUUUUGCACCUUAUCAAUCAUGAGCUUGCACAUCUAUCACAUCUUGAGUUUGUUUGUAAAUUGUUAUUUAUUUGAAAACUGCAUUUCUUACUGCUGGCAAAUAUUUUCAUCGCAAUUUUCAGGCGCUAUAAUUCAAAAAAAUUUCAA